GAAAAGGUCCCAAGUGAUAGCUUCUCCAUUACCUAUAGAUAUAUACCACCUUCUCUCUCCUUCCGUUUGAUUUCAAAACCUCGCUAAGAUUCGGCCAAGGCCCAAGCCACUGUCGCCUACUUACUUCGCAUUCUGCAAUUCUGUCUCCUCUUUCAAACAACCCUAUAAUCGCUGAGUGUUUCCUCAUUCCUGGUAUGGCCAAUAAUGCUCAAUUUCCUGGCAUGCAGCCUCAAACUCUCACACUUCUACAAUGCCAUCAGCCCAUUGUCUCACCCCUUUGUGAUGAACACUGCCAUCUCCAUUGUUGACGUCUACACCGCCAUCUAACUGGUGUUUGCUUCUCUAUGGUUGACGUUUUCCUCAAACUCUCUUUGUCUACAUCAGUGCUGCUUCUUCAUGAUUGAUCCGUGAACAAAAAACAUUGACAAACUUAAGUUCCCACCUGUGGUUCCAGUACCUGUGGUACCAGCACCACAAUCACAGCCUUACAAUCCAGUGUCUUCUCAACAAUUUCAGCAGGUUGGCCGCACAAACAUUGGGUUGUCUUCUCACAGUCAACACUUUCAAUUUUCUCAACCAGUGCAGCAACUACCUGCAAGACCGGGUCUGCAGCCACCACAGGCAAUAAUGAUCCCAGAAGUUCAGGCAAACAGGCCAAGUAUACCUGUAUCACCACAACCCCCACAAAAUGCUCAGAUUCCCAAUAAUUAUGUGCCUGGUUUAAGUGGCCCACGAAUGCCUCUCUCUUCAUCGUAUACUUUUAGCACUUCAUCUGGAGGCCAACCACAAAGAAAUGCUGAUGCUUUGUCCCAGUAUCAGCCAAUAUCCCAGACAAAUGUGUCUAAUUUUGCUGUUGGGGGACAACCUUGGCUGCUGACUGGAAGCCAGACCACAACCUCAGUUGUAUCUGUGCAGCAGAUUGGUGAACAAUCUUCAGCUACAGCUACAGUUGUUCCAGCAGCAAUUGUGGAGCCUAGCCUUAAUGAAAAGCUUCCAUCAGAUUGGUUGGAGCAUACUUCUGGUGCUGGAAAAAAGUAUGCUGGAAAAAAAUAUUAUUUCAACAAAAAAACAAAAUUAUCUACCUGGGAGAAGCCUUCAGAAUUAAUGACACCAAUUGAGAGGGCAGAUGCAUCCACUGAUUGGAGGGAAUAUAGGAGUCCCGAGGGAAGAAAAUUUAUCAUUCCCAGGUAUUAUUACAACAAGAUUACCAAGCAAUCGAAAUGGAAAAUCCCUGAUGAACUCAAGUUGGCUCGUGAACAAAUGAAAAUGGCAUCUAGUAAAGAAACACAGGCAGGGAAGGAUAAUUCUCCUGUCCCUGCUGCUGCUGUUCACUCUAUGGUCAAAUCACCACCCCCCAAUGCAGUUACCUCAUCUUCCUCAGAUCAUGGCGUAGUGUCAAGCCCAAUUCAAGUGGCAACUGUUUCUACUGUUGUGAAUCCACAGCCUGUGUCAACUUCUGAGCAAUUGCCCUUGCCUGUUGUACCUUCUACAGUAACAACAAAUGUAAUUGAAGUCCAGACACCUGUGGAAACCAUCACACCAAUCACUGCUGUUUCAGGGGGUGCCGAAUCGUUCAGCACUUCGGUCACUACAGUCAUGGCACAAAUGAGUAAUGACAAUAACAAUGCAGCUCAGGAUGUUGUAAAUACUGUUGAUGGAGUUUCCCCAGGGGUUGCUGAGGAAGCUGAGAAAGGCAAGGGAAGUGCUGGGAAAGUCAAUGUUACUGCCUCAGGAGAGAAAACAGUUGUUCAGGAGCCUUUGGUCUACGAAAAUAAAUUGGAGGCAAGAAAUGCAUUUAAAGCACUUCUGGAAUCUGCAAAUGUUGGGUCUGAUUGGACCUGGGAUCAGGCUAUGAGAGUAACAAUUAAUGACCAAAGGUAUGGUGCACUGAGAACUCUUGGAGAGCGGAAGCAAGCAUUUUCUGAGUUCUUGAUACAAAGGAAAAAACAGGAUGCUGAAGAGAGGCGUGCUAGACAGAAAAAGGCACAGGAAGAGUUCAGGACAAUGUUAGAAGAGUGUAAAGAGUUGACGUCAACCACGAGAUGGAGCAAAGCAAUAGCUAUAAUCGAAGAUGACGAACGUUUCAAAGCUGUAGAACGAGCUAAAGACCGAGAAGAUGUUUUUGAAGACUAUAUAGUGGAACUCGAGAAAAAGGAAAGGGCAAAGGCAUUGGAGGAGCAUAAGCGGAAUAGAAUGGAAUACUUAAACUUCUUGAAGUCAUGUGACUUUAUUACGGCAAGUAGCCAGUGGAGAAAAGUUCAAGACCGUUUGGAGGAUGAUGAAAGAUGCUCACGUCUUGAAAAAAUUGAUCGUUUGGAAAUUUUCCAGGAACAUCUACGCGAUCUAGAGAGAGAGGAAGAGGAGCAGAUGAAAUUACGGAUGGAAGAAUUGAGAAAAGCAGAGCGUAAAAAUCGUGAUGAGUUCCGCAAGUUGAUGGAAGGGCAUGUUGCUGCAGGCAUACUUACAGCUGAAACUCACUGGCGGGACUACUGUACGAAGGUAAAAGAUUUACCUGCAUAUCUGGCUGUCUCAUCAAAUGCUUCGGGUUCAACAGCAAAAGAUCUGUUUGAAGAUGUUGCUGAGGAGCUACAGAAACAGUAUCUCGAUGACAAGGCUCGAAUAAAAGAUGCAAUGAAGUUCAGAAAGAUUGCUCUGUCAUCAACCUGGACACUUGAAGACUUUAAGUCUGCAAUUAAUGAACACAUCAGCUCUCCACAACUAGCAGAUAUCAACUUAAAGCUUGUAUUUGAUGAGUUGCUAGAAAGAGUAAAGGAGAAGGAGGAGAAAGAAGCUAAAAGGCGGAAACGUCUUGCAGAUGACUUUUAUGAUCUCUUGUGUAAUUCAAAGGACGUAACUGCAUCUUCAAAAUGGGAGGACUGCAAACAACUCGUUGAAGAUAGACAAGAGAGCUGGUUCAAUGUGGAAGAGAGCUUCUUCAGGGAGAUCUUUGAGAAAUACAUAACAGAACUGAAAGAGAAGGCAAAGGAGAAGGAACGAAAGCGAAGGGAUGAUAAGGCCAAAAGAGAUAGAGAUGCGAAGGAUAGAGAGAAGAAGAAGAAGGAGAAACAAAUUCGGGAGAAAGGAAGAGGAUUUGAAAGCAAAAAUGGGAAGGAUGGUACACACAGUGAUAAUGCUGAAAAAAUUGAGUCUUAUGGUUUGGAAGAGAACAGAAGAUCUGGAAAAGAUAAGGAUAAGAAACAUCGGAAACGUCACCGACAUUCUGUGGAUGAUUUGAGUGUGGAUGAAAACGAGAAAGACCGGAGUAAGGACUCCCACAGGCAUAGCAGUGACUGGAAAAAAUCAAAGCAGAUGGAGCAGCGUAGCACUUCUGAACUAGAUAGUGAAAGCAGGCACAAGAGACACAAGAAAGAUCACCGGGAUGGUUCUCACAGAAAUGCUGAUUAUGAGGAGGUUAAAAACAGGCAAUUUGGUGAGGAUGGGGAAGUUUGGUAGUUACUUUCAUAAUGAUAGAUUCCUUAUUCUUGCUCCUAUCUUGUAAAUAUCUUCCAUAAUGACUAGAUAGGUAUUUAUUUAGUGUACCUGAUCAUAUUAACAACAAAUAUUUUAUUUUCAAUAUUGUGUUUCUUGUCCGUUUAAAUUUCCAACUUAUAUAUAGCAUUUUUGUAUUGGAAAAGUAGCAAAAAUGGCACACUUACUAGGUGGCCGGAUUUUUCAGAUGUAUUUGCCCUUUGGUUUAUGUGAAUCAACUCAAAGUCAUGGUUUUGAUCAA